CAAAACAACUCAAUAAACGAAUACAACUCUUAACGAAGCUUCAACUUGAGCUGCUCUUUGGCAAUGGCUGCCUAUACACAAUUUGGAUACGGCGGUUUUCCGUCGGCCUCACAGCUCCUGCCGCCGAAUGUGACGCAGACACCUGAAGAUGUCUCGGCGAACGUGAAUGCAUCUUCAUUGGUGAUGACAAACGCGCCGGCUCUGAGCCCCACGGGUGGUGCCGACUGCCAGGCGAGCCAGCAGCAGUCGGGUGGUGGUGGCGGAGGCGGAGGCGGUGGUCCUGGGUCUGGCACUGGAGCUGGAGGAGGAGGAGGAGGAGGAGGCGAUGCCUCAACGGGCGCUCUAAGUCCCGAUGCGCUUUCGCAGAACUCAAAUGCGGCCACGGGAUCAGCUGUGGCUGGCACUGUCGCUGGCCCCGAUGCGAUCACCGGUGGCUCCCUGGACAGCAGCGCUGUGGGCACAACGCCUACAACGGGCAGCUCCUGCUGCGAGAACGGCCGUCCCAUUAUGACCGAUCCGGUCUCUGGCCAGACGGUCUGCUCCUGUCAAUACGACUCAGCACGGCUGGCGCUAUCCAGCUAUUCGCGCCUGCCGGCGGCCAGCGUCGGGGUCUAUGGCUCGCCAUAUCCAUCGACGGAUCAGAACCCCUACCAGAGCAUCGGCGUAGACAGCUCCGCCUUCUACUCGCCGCUGAGCAAUCCCUAUGGCUUAAAGGACUCGGCAGCUGGCACUGAAAUGGGCGCCUGGACCUCGGCUGGUCUGCAGCCCACAACGGGCUAUUACUCCUACGAUCCCAUGUCGGCAUAUGGCUAUGGAGCCAGCUACGAUUUGGCUGCACGCCGGAAGAAUGCCACACGCGAAUCGACGGCCACGCUGAAGGCGUGGCUGAACGAGCACAAGAAGAAUCCAUAUCCCACCAAGGGCGAGAAGAUCAUGCUGGCGAUCAUCACAAAGAUGACGCUGACUCAGGUCUCGACUUGGUUCGCGAACGCGCGUCGUCGCCUCAAGAAGGAGAACAAGAUGACCUGGGAGCCAAAGAAUCGCACGGAUGACGAUGACGAUGCGCUCGUGUCGGAUGAUGAGAAGGACAAGGAUGAUGUGGAGUCCAGCAAGGACUCGCAUGGCGGCAGCUUGGCCAAAGAUGUGGCCAAGGAUGAGGAGGACCUCAUCGACGAGGACCAAAAGAGUCUUGGCCAGGCGAACAUUUUGCGUGCUGGCUUCGGCUAUCCAUCGGGUGGCUAUCAUGGCGGCAGCGGAAGCAGUCAUCCGGCUGCGUAUAAUCCGUAUCAUCAUCACCAUCAGCAUCCCGCCUACUAUCAGCCGCAACAGACGGUGCUGCCGGCUGCCUUCCAUGCGGGUGAGGGCGGCCUGGGCAUGGCCAGCAAGCACAGCGAGCAUAGCGAUCCAAAAAACCAGCUAGGCCGGGACUGUGGCGUGCCGAUUCCAGCUACGAAGCCCAAAAUCUGGAGCUUGGCCGACACAGUUGCCUGCAAAACCCCGCCACCGGCAUGCAUGGGCCCCGGGCAAAUGAUGCCACAGCAGCAGCAGCAGCAGCAGCAGCAGUCUAUGCAGCGUCAUCUGCAUCCGCAGUCCCAACAGGAGGGCCAGGGCAUGGCUACCUCCCAGGUGCACCAGCACCAACAGCAGCAGCAGCACCAACAGCAGCAGCAGCUGCAGAUGGAGCAACAGCCUCUGGCAAUGGGCAGCCACUUGUUCAACGGCACGCCCUAUGUCAGGGCGCAUACCACGGCCUACGGGGGUUUUCUAGGGGCUACGACGCAGCAGCUUCAUACUACGAGCACGAACAGUGCAGACCCGUACAGUCCCAGUGGCCUGCACAGCAGCAGCAGCUCCAACGGCACACAUACGCCUACCAUCCCUACUACGGCAAACCCAAGUCCGAGCGAGGCCAUGAGAUUGGGCCUGGGGCUGGGCCUGGGCCUGGCCGAGUCGCCGGGAUCGGGGCCCUACCCAGCGGUGCGUCAGUCGCAGCCAUCUCAGUCCACAGCGAGUCAGCGGGCGAUGGCGAUGGGGUUUCCCGAAGCCCAACCCGAUACUCCACCCCAAACUCCGCCGAAUAUGAAGGUGCUGAGCGGAGCUUUGAGCCUGCUGCCUACCGCUUCGCAAAUCCCUAUGACCGCUACCUGUCGCAGCAGUAAUGCCGCCUACAGCAAUCCCGGCUGCGGCUAUCCCAUGAAUUUCUCCACGCGCCUCAACGACUACGAAUACCCUGCCAGCCACAACAGGGACGACUACAGCAGCGGCAACAGCAGCGCCAGCAGCAGCUCCUCCUCGCCCCAUCUGCAGCGGACGGCGGACAACAUGUUCAAGCCGCUCUUCAAGAGCCUGACGUCCGUCUAGACAGUGGGACUGAAGAUCUUAUGUAUUUGCAAUAUCGUAUAUACACACAAGCGCACACACACACAMAUGUAUAUAACAUAAUUUAGAUUUCUGGGCUCGUGCAACAACGUAAUUUGAUUGUGUAAUAUUUAACAAUUAAUAUAUAUAAACACACGCAUAUACAUAAA